ACCACUAUCGAACCAACAACCACAACUGAGGCAACAACAACAACAACAACAAUUGAGGCAAGUAUUUCAACAACAAUUGAAACAACAACCACAACUGAGGCUACAACAACCACAAUUGAGGAAACAACUUCAACCACUUAUGAACCAACAACCACAACUGAAGCAACAACUUCAACCACAAACAAACCAACAACAACCACAAUUGAACCAACAACAACAUCUCAGGCAACGACAACAACAAUUGAGGCAACAACUUCAACAACACCUGAAUCAACAACAACCACAAUGGAGGCAACAACUUCAACCACAAAUGAGCCAACAACAACCACCAUCGAACCAACAACCUCAACCACAAAUGAGCCAACAACCACAACUGAGGCGACAACGACCACAAUUGAGGCAACAACUUCAACCACAAAUGAAUCAACAACCACAAUUGAGGCAACAACAACAAUUGAAACAACUACUUCAACUUCAACUGAAUCGACAACAACCACAAUGGAGGAAACAACUUCAACCACACAUGAACCAACAACCACAUCUCAGGCAACGACAGCAACAAUUGAGGCAACAACUUCAACAACACCUGAAUCAACAACAACCACAAUGGAGGCAACAACUUCAACCACAAAUGAGCAAACAACAACCAGCAUCGAACCAACAACCUCAACUGAGGCAACAACCUCAACCACAAAUGAGCCAACAACCACAACUGAGGCAACAACGACCACCUCAACUACAAAGGAGCCAACAACCACAACUGAGGCAACAACAACAACAAUUGAAGCAACUACUUCAACUACAACUGAAUCAACAACAACCACAAUGGAGGCAACAACUUCAACGACAAAUGAGCCAACAACAACCACCAUCGAACCAACAACCUCAACUGAGAUAGCCGAGUAA